CAGUGCAGGGACCUCAUUUCCAUUCCGACAUCACUCUCUGUGGCACACACAGCUUGUUCGCCUGCCGAGAUGAGCUACAAGCGGCUGCACGGAAAACACAAUCGAUGAAAUAAUUUUCUACACGAGUGUUGAAUAUGUCGAUGAAGUAGCCUACAGUUAAUGGAGCCAGCUUCAUCAAUGGAUACAUCUCCGGAGGUUUCCAGUGCGCAUCCCGAAAUCAGUGGCGAGAUUGCUUUUGCAGAGGAAAUACGCCUUCCGAGCAGGAGAACAACCAAUCAGCCGUGGCGAACCAAAGAUAAACAAGCCUUAUGAUAAGACAAAACUCUGGGCGAAGCUGAGCUCUGAUUUAUUGUGAAGUUUCCCCAGGCUCGCUCAAUCUCCAUGCCUACCGAGUUACUGAAUGGAGGAAAUGGCUCACCACGAGAAUGACCUUUUCUUGGAUGACUAUUACCCAGGCCACUACAAGGACUGAUUAAGGUUUACCCAGGCUGUGUGCAGCCCUAGUGAACUAUCAUGCUGGCCUGUAUCCAGAGACGGCAGAAUCUCUCGUCGCAGCGUCUGGCCUGCACACCCAAAAGCCUCGAUGUUCCACCACCGCCAUUACUGUUGUCAGUACCACCGCUGCAGCCGUGCACCCACAAAGGCGAGCCAGCCUCCAUGAUUUCUCGGUACCCUUCUCCUGCAGAGUUGGACGCUUUUGCCCAGAAGACCGCCAACAGCCCUCUGUCCAUCAAAAUCUUUCCAUCUGACGUCCGGGUGCCACAACAUAAACAGCUUAACAAAACAGUCAACGGCUUAGACACCACAGGCCAACGCUAUAGCCCCUAUUCACACCCGUACUCAGGAGGCUACCAGGGCUUGUUGGCCAUCCUCAAAGCCUCUGUGGUGGUCAAAGGUGUGGUGAAAAACUCAGAGGGCAAGAGAACUAAACAUGCAAACACCCAGACUUCUGUGGCACCGUAUAAUAAUCCUCUGAAUAAUGGCUACACAGCCAGACACGGGCAUAAGGCCUAUCAUGUAAGCUCAUGUAAGCCUCCUGAUGUUCCCAUUGAGACACUUUGUUCUAGCACAGGGAUGGCCUCCGGAGAUCAGAGGCUGGCCCCCCAGUCUGAGCUGGCAGAGGUUCAAAGCCUGAUGAGGCAGAUGAGCAGAGUUCCCCACAGCCAGGCCCUGCAGCUGGGGGGAGAGGCUCGAGCCAGCCCCUCUCUGCAGGCUGUGGCUGCGGUGGCACAUUCAGACUCAGACUUUGUCCUGGGAGUGCCGCCCCAGAGCAGUCUGGCGUUCACAGGGGCAGUGAUACCUACACAGAGUGCAGACAUAGCCAAAGCUGGGUACUUAGAGAAAGGAAACUACACCGUGUGGCAGCAUAAACAUCAAAUUCAGCAGCAGCAGCAGCAGCAGCCCUAUCAGCAGGGAGCAGUGAGGAUGUACAGUGUGAAUAACAGUGCUCAGGGGCACAGAGCAGCAGAGGCUGGGGUUGGCCAGCCUCCUGAAACCUGCCUCCCUUUGGCGUGUUCCUCGCAGCUGUCAUAUAGGCCACUUCCUGCCAGUGUGGGCGCUGGGCAGGAGCGGGUAAGCAGCUCCUCUCUGAACUGUGCCGCCAUACAGGGGGAGUUCUCUGUCGGACAGUACUUUGCUCCUCUCUGGGAUAGUGUUGUGGCCACCCCUAAUAGCGACUCUUAUACUUCUCAGGUGCUGGCAACAGGUACGUGCGCAGCCAGGCCUAGAGACCUGGGGCUCUCCCAUCCCCAUCUCCACCCAAACUGCCACCAACACCACCAGCCGCAGCUCCAUCCUCCUCUUCCUCCUCAUACCCAGGCCUACAGCACAGACCAAAACCUCUGUUGUGGGCUGCCUAGUUCUAGCCUGUGCCACGCUGCAGUACUUAGCAGCAGCCUGCAGUCUCUGGAGUGCCUCAUCAGUGAGAUCCACCCUCCCUGCAUCAAAGAGCGCAUGCUGGGCCGUGGGUACGAAGCCAUGGGGAUGCCUCAGCUGCUGGAGCACCACCAGCAAACCCACAUCCAGCUCCCCGUCUACAGAUAAGAUGUGGCACUGCCACACAGCGGGAUGCAGAAAUGACAAACCUUUUUAUAGACGAUGGAAGUGUGUCCGUUUAGAUAUCUAUGAGAAUGAGACAUGCAUUUUUAGUUUGUGCAUGUACUGUAUUUGUAGAAGGCUUUGUGUUAUAAGCCGGAAAAGGAAAAUGAUAAUCAUGACUUAAGAUACAGGUUUAUCUUAUGGACUUUUCAUGUUUUAUUUUUAUAUCUUAAAUAUCUCAAAUAUGCCUGCUGUUCCUCAUUUAAUACUGAUGCUGAGCACCUAAUCAGAAUUUCCCAUUACAUUUGAACAUGAAAUGUAUAUUCGCAGGUGAUUCCUCUGUAGGCCUUUACAAAAAUGGAAAUUUACUGAACUGAUAUAAUCAUUGGUACCCUUCUAAAACAUUUAUUUGAAUCUGGGAAGGAUCGCUGGUAACAGUUUUUGUGAAUAUAUUGUAUAUUUUUUACAUAAAAUGGCUUCUUAUUUGAGGGGGAACACUCCUUAAUUAUUAACUUUUGGUUGUCUGCUGCUUUGUUGUGGAUUUUGUUUUGUCCACUUUUCAGUGACACACGCAGUGCCCCAGCUUCUGCAAUAUGAUGCAAAUGUCCUGGCCACUGUAUGGGGAAACCUUUUGAUCAUUUGCAUACAAAUGUGAAUAUAUGUUUUGUUAUGCAGACAUUAAAAGUUAUGUGAUUUAACACCCUAAUUGAUUUAAUGUAGUCAUGCUCAGCACAAUGUAUUAGGACUGUUGCAUAUCCAAACUGUGGUAAUUCAUGCAAGAUGUGCCCUUUGGUUGUAUUUUUGUUAGCAUUUUUAAAUUUUAAGAGAUUGUGUGGACAUUUUUCUCAAACGAAAUAAUGUUUUUUGUUUUUUCUGGAAGGUUGUGACACUGUUACACAAUACCUGCAUAUAAUGGAGUGCCACGUUAGUAAGCAGGCCACCUGAAUCAUUUACAAUAUCUUCUUCGUAGGGCUAUAUUAUCUCUGAUGGUGUGAGAUGUGUGACUGAGUAGUACUUUGUGUGUCUGCACUGGUUCUGUAAUACUAUUUAUUUAUAUCAGCCUGUUGAGUUAUAUGGCAAACCAUCUCUAUAAUUAUAAAGUGCAAUUAUUAUAUAUGAACAUGUGAGCGCUCUCCAUGAAAUAUGUUGUUGAAAUAACUACAUUUUGCAAUGUAUGACCCUAAUCCCUCACCUUUUUUUGCCUCUUCUUAAUAAGGAUUGUCAAGUAAAUGAAAUUUUCUAAACCCA